AUGGCAUCUUCAAAAGUCUCAAAGAAAGAGAAGAAGGCACCAAUUUGGGGCUCUAGUGUUUCCGAUUUUCGGAAAUUAAAGUCUGAAGAAAAAAAACUUUUGAGCAAGGAUGAAUUAAAACAAUAUAAAAAGCUCAAGCACAAAGUAAAAAAGUUACAUUCUAAAAAAAAGUCAGAGGAUAGCACUAGCAAGAAAGCGAAGCAGAAAUCAACUGAAUCUACUGAAAAGGAGAAAAAUUCUAAAAAUCCAGCAGCCACUGAUGGACAAAAGGAAAAGUCUGAUGAGGGAAACAGGGAUUAUUGGUUGGCAUCACAGUUAUCUGGAGGUAACCAAAGAAAAUCCAAGUUUCUAAAAAUGCUUGGAAUCAACGGAGGUGGACAAGACAUUGCUCCUAAAGAAAAGAAGGGUGGAUUCGAACACGAGCGUGAGCGUCAAUUGGAGCAGCAAUACAUGUCUGGUAUUCAUCAAAAAGGAAACAGAAAAGGUUUAGGAAUGUAA